AUGACAACCAACAGGCUGCUCAGGGCGAGUGAUGAAGCGCAAAAAGAUGACGAAGAGAGAGGAAUCGUACUUACGGGUUUCCAGAAUCGGAUUGAGUCGGGUACCGAUAAAAUUGAGCAACAUCUGAAACAUAUAUCGUGGCUUGCGCAAGGGAGAUCCGCUGGUGGAGCUUUCAAGUCAUACAAGCUCGACAAAACGAACGCGCUAUUCACUAGCGACGAUAUCGUGAAGUGGUCGAAGUACGUGAGAGCCAAGGUCGGCAAAGAAAACGAGGGGAAAACAAUGAUCGACACUUUGCUAGAUCACUACGACAACUUUGCGCUGGCACAGAUGAUCGAAUCGGCCAAGAUUUCGACCAAUCUGGACAUUAAAAGACUUGCACCAAAGCUGCAGGAGGCGCAAUUUACAAAGUGGAAGCAACACCACGUGGAGCCUGGUAAGAUAAAACAGAGGUUGGAAGCACUUGACAGUUCAGGUUGGUGGUCUACACUCAACAAGGGGCUUGUAGAGGAAUACACGCGUUUUUGGAUGAGGCCAGCUCAGAAGAAAUAG